CCAACAUCAAAUACCGUCAUUCGUCGGCGAGUCGUUUCCUUCAGCGCAACGGGUUGUGCUGCCGUGUGUUUGCACAUGGUCUUUGGAGUCCUGAACCUGUGCCAAGAGUGAGGGUCUCUUCUGCUUGUACUAACUGCGUUUAAGGGAAAGUGAGCUUUGUUUGUGUGUGUGCUUGUGGGUGGACGCGACUGUUGAUUCAGUGCAGUUCUUCAGUACCAGUACCUGUUAAGGGGAUAGGAAGAUUCUUCGGCUUUGAGUGAAGACUUGAAGAGGGUCUGGGGUCUUCCUGCUCUUUGAAGCACCAAGUGGCUUCUGAAAGGAUUAAAGGCAAAAAUCAGAGAUUUGCUUAGUCGAGCAGACAAGUGGCCGCGUGGGACCGUUUUCCGUUAAGGAUUACCUCUUUUCUUGGAGUGAGGGAAAAUCCUGAUAGACGAGUGAUUUCCAUCAAGAUUAGCGAGACAAGUGCAAGCCUGGCCGAAGAAGAGAGCAUGGUCAGCAGUGAGUUCGUUGAAACCGGAAGUGACGGAAAUAGCUGCUGCUGCUGCAGCAGUGGCUUUGUUGACUUUACUAAUUAAUUAUACAAAGUCAAAGUUGUACCAGGAUCUUCGUCUUCUUCGGCGAAAAAUCGUUUGUCCUGCUCCGAAGGAGACCCCUCUGCGCUGCAUACUAAAUACCGCUUUCUGUGACGAAUGGCCGCCGGUCAAGUUCCUAGAUCAACAACUCAACGUACAAGCCUUUGAGAGCUCAACAGCUCAGAAGCUCGAAAACUAAAGGGACAGGUCGUUUUUCUUGUCACAACCGUGCCCAACGGGAUCCCAAUCGGCAGCUGCAGAAGUCGACGGACAGUCCCACCACCGGAACCGGAACAGAGCAGCAGAAACAGCAGGUUCCACGCGCGAUGAAAGGAGUGCUAAUUCUGUGCUUCCACGUGUUGGUUCUCAGCUUCCAGGCGAAGGCCUGGCACGCCGUCCGGAAUCCGUUCGAGUUCGUCAAGCCACCGGAGAAGAUCCAUCCCGUGACAGACUGCAUGCAGGUGACAUCCGAGGACGGUGAGUUCGUCUUCCGGAAGGUCGCGCCGGUCGUGUCCGCGCCCAAACAUGGCCGCCUCAUCGACAUCCUGGGCAGCGCACCCUCGAUGGAGGUUUGCGGCCUGUACUUCGUCACCGAUCCGGACAAGAUCGUCGAGGUCAGCGUGAAGCACCUGGACGUCAACUGUGACACCGGCGGGCUGAUGUCCUUCGUGGACGGGUGGGAACUCAACGGGAUGUACUUCCCGACGGAGCAGGACCACCCCAAAGGGAUGGAGCAGCGGGUCGAGGAGUUUUGCAACGACCCGAAGCUGUGGCCGUACAGUCCCGUGCGGAAGGCGUUCCGGUCCAGCCAGAAUGCGGCCCUGGUCCAGUACCGGAUACCGAUUAGCGGGUCGUUCGUCGUGUCCGUGCGGUAUCUGCGCAAUCCGGAUCCUUGCAAUGUAAUGGCCGAAGGGGUUGCUCCGUACUACACGCUCAGGAACCAUGGCAAGCACCGGAACUGUACGCUGACGGCCGUUUUCCCUGCGGUCAUAUCGUUGGUCGGAAUCGACGUAGGAGGGCGAAAGGAUGGGGUGAAUUACGAUUGCGACCGACCGGACUCCACCGACCGGCUGGACAUUGGCGGCUCCCCGGGCCUGGACUCGAGCGACAUGGACAAAUCGGCGGCCGUAUGCGGCAAAAGUCUGGACGCCGGCCCCGAGCAGGCCAUCUUCUGCGAGGCCUCCUCGGUGCGGCUCGUUUCGAGCGGUCGCCAUGCGAACCAGGCCAUGGUGUCCGUCCGGAUGGCGGAUGAAAAUGACAUCCCGCUGGCCACCGUGUUGUGUGACAUGCGACGGAAGAAGAAGAAGUAAGGCGUGUGCGGGGAAGUUUUUCGCGCGGUCCAGAUCCAGCAGCCAAAGAGAACCAGGAACAUUCGAAGGGAGCACACCACAGCACGGAGGAAAAUUCACCAAAGAAAAUUGUAAAAUAUAAUGACAUCACGAACCCCUCUGAUUCUGAUUCAAUAGCAGAGAAUAAGAUUGCACCAUGAGUUUCUGAAUCUCCUAAGUUUGACAGCUAAAUAACUUUCAGUUUUGGAUGAGAAAAAGGGAAUUGAGCUAAAACUAAAGAGUAUUUAGAAAUGAGCCGAUAUUUAUUUGCAAAUAUUCACAAUCAUCAUAAAAAGAAAAAAAUAAAGUCAAAACAAAUGCAUCACAAGAGUAAAAAAACACACACAAAUUGUAUAGACAAGAUGAAAGUAAACUAAUAGAAAUAUAAAUUUUAGUGUUAACUUUGA